UGGUGUUGUGGCCACGUGAGUAGUGGAAAGAUGGCGGCGAAGAGAUACACCAGUUUUGUUCUACUGAACACCUGGAGACUGGUUAGCUCCAAAACAGAGAGCAAGCUGGAGCUCAGAAAGGAACUGCUGAGAAAACCUAUAACCCCUGUUGGCCACUUGGAUCAUCCGCAGCGGAAGCCAGCCGGGAAAGAUCCUCUGGAGAGGUUUCCUGAUGACAUCAAUCCUGUCACAAAGGAAAAGAAUGGACCGAGAGGCCCUGAGCCAACCCGCUACGGAGACUGGGAGAGAAGGGGACGCUGUAUUGAUUUUUAGCGUUUUCUGCUUAUAUAAAUUUAGUGAUGCAUAUUUUGUGAAUAAUUUGAGAUUGAUUUGUAAAGUUGAACCAUGACAUCAUUAUGCAGCUAAGUUCAGAUGAGCAUUUUUAGUUCUGUUAAAUUUGGAGCAAAUGAUAACACAUAUUGAAGUGGUUUGUUAAUGCUGUUUUAGCCUCUCUAAAACAUAUAUAUUUUUGGUCUCAACUUGGAAAAUUAUUCAUCAAUAAAUUUUAAUUAAAUACGUUA